GUUUGCGUUGUGCGCUACGCUGUGUUUAAAAGGUGUCCACUUUAAAGAUGCAUUUGCAGGUCCUUUUACAUAUCGUUUUAACAUUUAUCGAAAAAGCAUUUGUGGUUUACACAGAUGCUUUGAACAAAUUAUUUCCCCGUUCCAUACUGUUGUUGCUGCUGCUGCUUUCACUUUCAUUCUUCUAUCAUUUCUCAUCGGCAACGUCACACAACACGAUAUCAGUAGGAUGCAUCGUUUAAGCUCACCUCAAGGAGCCAUGGGAAAGAUCAAGGACAAGAUUGCUGGAAUCCUCUAUCCACCUGGCACAACUCGACUUGAGCCGAAAGUUUCAUGUGCGUUGGUCCUCAUCCUGUUCUCAACACAAUUAACUUUGACUACACCAUUUUCAUACCUUCCAUCCAUGGUAAAAAGUUUUGGCUAUUCGGACAAAGAUACUGGCUACUAUGCAGGCAUGGUUGCAUCUUCACUGUUUGUUGGAAGAUUCGUCGGGGGGUAUUUCUGGGGAUAUUGUACUGACAAAUUUGGACGACGGCCUGUGCUGCUGGUGUCAGCCUCGCUAACCUAUUGUUCAACGCUACUCUUCGGUUUUUCAACGAACUUGUACUUUGCAAUUUCCGCCAGGUUUCUACAAGGGCUUUUUAAUGGCGUGAUUGUGUGCGGCCGAGCUGCAUUUGCUGAAAUUUGCGAUGAUACCAAUCAGGCCAUUGGAGUAUCUCUGAUUUUCGCUGCUUGGAAUUCUGCCAUCGUUCUUGGGCCUGCUUUGGGAGGUUUUCUGGCGAGUCCGACGAAAAAGUAUCCGAAGGUAUUUGGUCAUGGUCGCACUGGAAAAUUUUUCAGACAGUUCGAAUACAUCCUUCCCAGCAUCGUCGUUUCAGCUUUCCUUCUUGCGUCAAUCAUUGCGGUGUUUAUAUUCUUUGAAGAAACACUCGUCUCCAAAGUGGAUGCAGCGAAAAAAUCUCAUGGCUCAGAAGAAGAACUGAAAGAUACUGCAAAAUUGUUGGGAAGUGCCAAAGAUAGCGACGAGGAUGAGGAUGAGAUGAUAUACGAACAGCAAAUAAAGCUGAAAGAAAAAGACUUGGAUAAUAAGCUUCAAAAUGAGGACGAGCUUCUAUUAAAUGAAAAGAGAGCCCGUAGCCACAGCCAUUGCCUCUGUUGUGGUGUGGUAAUGAGAACAGUCAAGAGCACAUCUUUAUAUGGUUUGGUGAGUGACCGCCUUGUAUCCCUGUGUGUCGGACUAUUUGGAAUGUCAGGCUUUGUAAUUAUCGGUUUCCAGGAGCUGACAUCACUGUGGAUGGCCACAGGGGUAAAGCUAGGUGGCCUUGGCUUUACAACCAAUCUUAUUGGCGUCGCUUUGCUGUGGCCAGCCUUGGGAAGUGUAGUACUUCAGCCUAUCAUAUUUGGAAGGGUUGAACGUUACAUCGGAGGAAUCCGGACUGCCCAGUUGUUUUUGGUUUUGCUUGCAUUGAUGACUGCUGGCUUUCCAUUUGUUAAUGAGGCAUACAAGAAUAAUGACCUUCUCUGGGCGUUGAUAAUAAUAAUGCUGCUGAUUCGAAUGAUCAGUGAUAUCUCCGUUCGUUCUGCUCUCGCCAUGUUUGUCAACAACUGCGUUUAUUCUAAAAAUGCUGGUCUCAUUAAUGGUUAUGCAUUUUCGGUGCAAGAAAUUAUGAGGGUUUUUUCUCCUAGUCUUCUUGGAGCUCUAUUCGCAUGGUCAGUGAGGUAUGGACGAAAAAUUGGGUUUCCACUGACCCACCAUUUUCCUUUCCUAUUACUUGCUUUAAUGAUUGUAUUAGAACUUAUUAUAACUCUGUUACUUCCAAAAUCGAUAAACUUGCCCAAAAAGAGGCCACUAGUUGAAGAAAAGAGCGAGACUAAAGGCUGAAACUAGUAUCCCGGUUACUUUACUUAGUAACUGUAUGUAAUAAAAUGAUAGCCAGAGACUUCGUCAGUCUAGAAUGUAGUGAAUGAAAACUAGAACGAAUUUCAAAUGGAUAUUCCAGUUAGAAUACGUGGUUCUGAAUCGUUGAUAGAAUACAAAGCUGUUGAGUACGUCUCAAAAUCUGUGUUGUCAAUUCCCGAACUUGGUUAUUGCGAAAAUUGCCUAUAGUAUCGAAGAAGGGGAGAAGUAAAUAGGUAUCAUUUUGGGUUUAUCAAUUAUCCUUUUUAGUCUAUUUUUCUAGAUUCUCAUUAAAUAGCUAGUUAGCCAUUACAAAUGACAUGGGUGGUGUCCAUCCUGUGAUGACGUCUCUGGUUAAUCUUGUUAAAUUUUUUAGCUAAUUUCCAAAUAAUUAUCGUUUUAUUACAAGGCUGUCAAAGAAAAUGAAUGCAAAUACCUUGAAUGAGGUUAAUUGUGUAAUUUUAUUUUUUUACUGACACAAAGACAUGGUAAAUGUAUAUUUUUUUAAUUCGAAAAGAAAACUUUGCCAGGAUACAAGGCGCUGAUUUUAAGCGAUAAGGUUGCAUAUUGACGGAAAGGGGGGGGAGGAGGGGGUAGGGGAGGGGUACUCGACUACAUUCACAUUACUAAACUCGGUGCACCCCAGUAUGGUAGUGAUAUUUUACCUCCCACUCGUCAGCAUUGUUUCGGAUUGAAAAAUGUUCCCUUAACGAACACUGUCUAGUAUGUCCUUAGGGUACUUUCUCAUGAAACUGAAAAGCCGUGAAAAAUAAUUUGCUACCUCCCUAUGUCUGCGACAGUCUUGUGAUAGAAUAUCAAGUAGCCUAGUAUUGUUUAUAUCCAUCAUAUUCUGAACCAGUCAUUUCAUUUUCAAACUUUUAUACAUUACAAUCUAUUCCUCAUUACACAUUAGAAUCUCUUUUUACUUACCAUACAAUACCUUGUUUUUCUUUCCUUACCUCCCAUUCUCCCAUCCUCACUAUGCAUUUCAAACUUUAUUUUGCUUACUUCUAGUUCAAUUAUUUGUUUAACUUUUUUCUUUAAUUAUUUAAUAAAUGUCACUUAUAUUUAAUAGCUUUUUCGUAAGUAUCUGUAACAUACGCAUGCAAUUAUGAAACAUAUUCAGAAUUUCUAAGCCGAAGCAUCUCAAUUAUUCCCUCUAGUUUUCAUCGUCAUCGUAAAGUUUACAUUCUCAGUUAAUUGGCCAUUCACGUUCACAUUUGGACUUUGUAUUUAUGUUCCAUUCCGUUCAUUCCUUACCCCUUUCUUUAUAAUGGUCAUCGACCAUUGACACAAUAGCAACAUUUUAUAAACAAAUUCUUGUUGAAAUGUUAUUAAAGGCGGCGGCAGUUUCAUAAGUUUGCCCGACCUCCAGGAAGACCUCCGAUGAAAUAAAACCUAUAGUCUUAUACUUUUGUUGUCCCAAAUUUUCCACAAAUUAGUUCAAUCUAUAUUGUUUUAUUGUCUUAAAGUAUUCACUCUUACCAUUGCUCCUUUUUCAAAGAGCAGAUUUUACCCCAGAUCGAACUACAUCAAGCAAGCUGGUGUUAUUUUUCACCCGUCCUAUACAUUACAUGUGUUCAUGUUGCUAGAAAGCCCAGGUUGCCCCCAUGACAGAAAAUAAACCUCCUUCCCAACUGGCAAAUGACGUUACCGCUCUUUUAUUUAAACAAGUCUUUGACUCAUUUUUUAUUCAAGAUAUUUUAUACAAAACAACAAAUAAUGCAAAUUAUGUUGUCCUCUAUGAUUUUACCAUCUUGCUCUUCUGAGUGUUCGUAGUACCCUUUUUUACACAGAAACUGACCUUGGUAUCUAAGUGAAACCUAGUAAUGGAUAGAAGAAAAUAUCAUUUUUGACAGGAACUCUUAAAUGGCCUAAGUCACGAAGUUAGAUCUUUGAUAAUAGGUUUGGUUUCAUAAAGCAGUUUCAGUUGCCAGAUUUAUGUUUUUCUGUUACUUUUCCUGGUUGUUAUUAGAUAAGAAAGCAAUACUUUUGUAGCAUGAAUUUGUUAGGGCACUCUUGACUAAACUUAAAAGUUGUACCGUUGAAAGUAUGAUCCCUUUCAUCAAAAACUCAACAAAAUUUCAACUUAAACUGGCACUGGUAAGUCUUCUGAAGAUCUUUCUCGAGAGAAUGUUGCAAAGAAUAUGGAAAACAGACCAAAAUGCGUUAAUAGCACCCGCAAAAUCAAGAUUGUAUCUGAGAAGCAACUGAAAUCGUUUGAAAAUAAUCAUUGGAAGAACCUCGACUAUAUCAUCAAAAAAACACCUCACUAUUAACCAGCCCCUAGUCAUACGAAAAGUCGCGUUUUGAAGAUUGUGCACUUUUUUAACAGACUACAAGAAAAACUCAUUUCUUUGCCUGUCAAAAACUGCUUUUUCUUUACUCCCACUUAGCUACUUCGCGCCACCACUUAUUGUAUAUUCGAACUGUAGACACGUGUUACAAAAUGGCAGAUAAAACAUUGAAACAAAUAACAACAGUGAUUUUUUUCUAAUUAUAAGUACUUCUUCGAAUAUUUGGUAUUUAAAUACAAAUAAGUCACCAAAAUACGAUUUGUUAUUUCAUGGAAUGUUUUGCUAGAUACCGUGCUAUAUAAUGACGUAAUUAUACAAGUCUCUUCAAAAAUAGGCAGUAAUUUGUAUCUAACGAGAGCUCAAAGAGCGCCCCCUGUAAAACAUUUAUUUCAAGUAAGACUAUCAGAUUGGCCUGUGAUCUAGCUGAAAAUAAUUAUAAGGAAGAAAUCCCGAGGUAUCAACUAGACAUGCGACUAAAAUAGUUGACAGGUUUCGCACGUGUCAUGUAAAUAAAACGGCGCAUUUGUUCAAACAUGUAAUUGAAUGUACCAUUUAUGAGCCAAUUCACGAGUAGUAAUUAGGCUGGACAGAAUCUCGAUGAAAUUUAGUCCAAACACGAGAAUUCAGACUGGAUUUGGAUCAGAAUUAGGUCUGGUUUUGAAAACAAAGCCUUAAAGGAGCAAUGAUACUGUGUUUUCACGCCGUAGCGGGUAAACUGACUUACGAGCCAAAUGAAAUAGGCAAAACAUAUAUUUU